UUGCAUGUGGAGUAGCGCAUCUGGACUUUAAAAGAAGCUGUCACCUUGUAAUGGAAGAAAAUGGAGCUGACCAUGACAUUGCUAUGGAAGGAUCUAAUGAUUUGUUCAUAGCCAACUAUAAUGGUACAAGAGAGUCAGAAACAAAGGAUCAGGAUUUUCAGCAUUUAACCUGCAUGGAUUCCAGGGAUCCAUUGUUUGGACAGAGUGACUCUCCUCCAGUCUUGCCCAUCACAGUACGCUUGUUGGGCUCUCCAUCAUCAGCUGCGCCUGCCCGGCCACCCCAGCCUCACUCCGCAGAGGACUCCCACGUGGUGGACCAAAGUGGGCAGCCUCUCUGUGAGCUGCAGCCCCUCGGAGAGCCCACUGCACGGAUGAUGAUUGUUGCCAGCCAGUCAGAAAAUGGACAGGUGCUGCAUGUCAUCCCUACUACCCAGCCAGGAAUGGCCCAAGUGAUUAUUCCUAAAGGUCAACUUUUGGAUGUGACCAGCACACAGGAUGUUUCAGAGGAGAAGUGUGGUGAUGGGAACUUGCAGACUGUAGUGGUGGCUGCUAUAGCAGACAGUGGAAACAGUUACAUUCUACACCCACAGGCAUCUCUCAAUGUAUCAAAAAAACCAACCACCAGGGUAGUUGAAGAUCCCUUUCCCAUCCCUCUCCAGAUACUGCCACCAAAUACACCUGCAUGGGCAUGCUGUCUCAGGAGCUGUGAGAAAAUUGGGGACUCAUACCGCGGCUAUUGUGUGAGCGAGACAGAAUUAGAGAGUGUUCUAACGCUACACAAGCAGCAAACACAAAGUGUGUGGGGGACGCGCCAGUCUCCAAGCCCAGCCAAACCCGCCACACGGUUGAUGUGGAAAUCUCAGUAUGUCCCAUAUGAUGGGAUCCCCUUUGUCAAUGCAGGAAGCAGAGCCAUUGUAAUGGAGUGCCAAUAUGGGCCAAGGAGGAAAGGGUUCCAGCCCAAAAAAGCUGGUGAGCAGGAAGGCACCUCUUGCCCUCUGUACAAAGCUACUUGUCCAGCAAGGAUCUAUAUUAAAAAGGUUCAGAAGUUUCCGGAAUACAGGGUUCCUACUGACCCUAAAAUUGACAAGAAAAUCAUAAGAAUGGAGCAGGAGAAAGCAUUCAACAUGCUGAAGAAGAACUUGAUAGAUGCUGGUGGUGUCCUCAGGUGGUAUGUACAGUUACCCACUCAGCAAGCCCACCAAUACCAUGAAAUGGAAACUUCCUGCCUCCCUUCUUCACCCUCACAAUUUUCUAUGCCUUCUCCUGAAGAGGAGGAGGAAGUCGUUAGAGAUGAGAACUGUAUUCUGCCUUCCCGACUUCAUCCUCAAGUAGCAGACAAGAUCCGAGAACUGGUGUCUCAGGGAAUAGAGCAGGUCUAUGCAGUGAGGAAGCAACUGAGAAAGUAUGUGGAAAGAGAAUUAUUCAAGCCUGAUGAAGUACCAGAAAGACACAACCUGUCCUUCUUCCCCACUGUGAAUGACAUCAAGAACCACAUUCAUGAAGUGCAGAAGUCCCUCAAGAACAGCGAGAUGGUGUAUAAUUCAGAAAGUAUCCCAGCAACGCUGCAGUGGACCACAGACAGUGGGAAUGUUCUCACAGAAACAGUGACUGUUACAUUUGCCUCGCCACCUUCAGAUGGGAGCUCAGCAGGGGAGUCACUUGUCACCAAAGCAAAAGCCAACCAGAGUGGGGAGUCCUUGCUACCAGAAACAGCUCAGUUGUUGUCUUCCCUCUCUUCACUUCAGCCCAAGAUAUUUGCACAACUUCAGGGAUUACAGCUGCAGUCAACUUUUACCUCCACAAAUGGAUCAACAGCCCUGAUAGCUGUAAAUAACCAUUCCCCUCCCAGCCCUGCAAGUCUCCUAGAUUCCACAGGGAGUGCAGUAACCAACCAUCCUCUAUUAGUUAGUCAUGGACACAGUCUGCAAGCAGGUACUGGCCUAACACAGCAUAGCACUACUACCUCUGCUUUUGGGACUCCACCUGUCCCCGAUCAGAAUCUGGUCACCAUGAGCCAGUUGGUAGCAGUUGGAGAGGUGGAUGACUCCAGAAGCCUAGGAGUCUGUACAUCUCCUCAGAUUCUCUUGGGAGAUGUACAGACUAUUCCAGUACGGAUUGUGGACAGCCAUACAGCACUUGCUGAAGAAAAUGCAGAGGGAGUUAUCUGUGUGAGCCAAGUUAAACAAGAGCCAAGAGAAAAAGUAUUGUCUGUGGAGCCAGAUAAAAUCAGAGGCUGCCAUAGCUCCUCACCUGCUUAAGUCUGUGAAGGCCGGAAGGAUUUUUCAAAUCGGAGAACUUCACAUGGAAGGUGCUCUCAAAGUUAUGCCAUUCUUUUUAAAUUGUAUUGUGACAUUCAGACUUGGCGCAUUUUUACAGUAGUCCUGACAGCUCUUUUGAUUUAUGACUGUGGCUCACUGCCAAUGCCAGGUCAUUCAGUUGCCCUGUGGAACAGCACCUCUCUCUUCUGUUUCAAGCUUUUGAGUAAUUGGAUGUUAUCCAAAUGGUUCAUUUUGGUCAACAUUUCUGAAGGUCUUCCACAAUUUAAUUCCUUAGCUUUAGAAUAUGGAUCACAAUGCUGGGUUUACUUUUCUCCUUGAAACUUUUGACUGUUAAGGCCCUACAGAGACCAUAGAUUCUGCCAGCUCCAAGACCACAGAAUCCAGCAGCACAGUGUAUCUAUACAGCAGUGGUUUUGUGACAAAAUGAAGGUCCAAGAUGCUAAAUUUCAAAGUGAUGAAGGACAUAGAUGCUUAAGCAAAUGCAACUUUGACCUGAUCAUAAUGUUAAUGGUGUGAAGAUCAAGGAGAGGAGAAAGUAAUAGUCUAUGUUGUGGUUAUGGGGGCCCAUGGGGAGAAAUGCAAGAGCUACGUCAGGGCAGUGGUUUCUGGGAAUGAAGGAGAACAAAUAGGACAACACCAGGGAGACCAGACAGAAGAAGUUCCUGAAGGUCAGAAGCUACCCAGCAAGUCUCUUCAACAAGCAACAACUAAGCUAUUCUCUCUGCUUGCCCACUCAAGAAGUUGUACAAGCCUCCAAGGGACAUGGAGAUCAUGAAGAAGAACAGGAAUCAUUCCAAACUGUCUUCCAAAACCACCGUGUUCAGAGUCUGAAAAGUUUGUCCCUUUUCUUCCUUUAUGGGUGAUUCCAUCUAUGCUGCAAAUCACUGUGUUGAAGGUUUUCCACAAAAAAAAAAAGGAAAAGCAAUUAUAGAACCAGACUCAUAGCAGUGGAAGGGGUUGGGGGUAGGAACAGGGAUGACACCAGGUUCCUUACCACCUCUCCCAUUACAUGAGGGCACUUCCUGUUCAUUUGCAUGAUCUGACCUGGCUACUUGGUGUUAGUAACAAUAAUGGUGUUAGUUACAGGGUGUCAGUAACAAUAACUGCAAACCAUAGUUUGUUUCUAAAUGUGUUGCAUCAAGGCUAGAUGGUCAGCAGUGGGAGGAAAACAAACCUCAGUUUCUCCGUCCCUCCUCCUUCCCACCUCACCUGCUGUUAAACUGUUCUUGCAAAUUAGCUACAAGUUUGGCCUAAGGAUUAUCUUCUACCCUAGAUCUAAGUGUGCAGUGUUUAAUUCCCAAAGGACCAUACUGAAAGUUCAGUUGUGCUUUGUCAGGUCACUGUUCUGUUAGACAUAAAUGUAACUUUUUCUCACAGAUAUUUCUCUUAAAGGUAAAAUUAAACAGGAGAGAGAAUUGGAAAUUAAUUAUUUAUGUUUCUUAGAGAUGACACUUGAGUUUUCUGAAGUGUGCAGGUGUUUCCUUCUUGGCUUCUACUUUUAGCUCUUAGUUCACUGUGUGUUGGAUAUUUUCUUAGGAUCACUUACUUCUGAGGGUACUCCAGAUAACUGGCAAGAAACCAGAGCCAAAAACAGAAGAGGAAGUGGAGUUGUAAAAAGCUGCUUGCAUGAGAUAGAAAGCUCUCAAAGUUUACAGCUCAAGAUUGCAGGUUUUUUUCUGGCUGAAGUGGUUCACUUUAAAUGGUAAACAUUUUUUUAAUGUAUAACUUUAUAUUGUUGAUUUUGAUGCUGUUUGUGCUCUGAGCUCACUUCUAAUAAAAGCUAGAAUGCUAAUUGCAUAGAUUUGCUUUUAUCUUCAAUUAUCUUCUGAAUGCAAACUGAUGUAACAUCUCCAUGUUCUUGGCUGUUGUUAAAGCUGUUAUCGCAUCUGAGGCAUUUUGUACAUGCAAGGAUAUGGAGAAAGUGGGAACCUUCGUGACCUUCAUGCUUCUGUGGAAAGAGGACUUUGCCAGUUUUAAAUCAAUGUUUUCACAAUAAUUCAAUGGGUGCAUAGGUUUUUCAUGUCAGGUUCUAGUUCAUGUCUAACUUUCAACAUAAUACAAGCCAUAAAAUUACCUCUCCCUGGCCUUCCUAUUUGUUCUUUUUAUUUUUGUAGUGGGGGAAUUGUUUGAAUUUGUUGUCCUCUACCACUUUUCUGCCUUUCUCCCAUUGUCUUUUCCAUGCAAGGUAGCACAGAAACAAAAAUUUCUCCUUAAAACACUGUUCUAUCAGCCUGUUGCCCAUGUUUGGGAAUAAAUUUCCUCUCAGCUUUAUUGUACUAGAGGUUGAUUCCUUGCAUGACUGAAACAUAAGAUGCUGUUACAUUUUCUUGGGGAGGGACAUACUGGGGUGAGCUCCCCUGCCCACUUUGCCCCAGAAGUUCUUGCAGAAAGCACCUGUCACAGGUUCUGUUCCAGUAUCUGUGUCCCAACACAGGCCAGCACAACUACAGAGCUGUGGUGAUGGUAGUGAUGUCUUGCACUGUGUGUACCAUGAAAUUACCAGUAUGAGCAACUGUCCUUCAUCCCCUUAUAUUGUUUUGAAUCUGUAUCAGUCUGUGGGUCUGGCCCAUUGUACACCCCAAAACCGACUCUUUGGGUACAACUUGAAGGGAAGCACAGGAGAGGGUCAGGAAGUUCUUAAUCUCCAACUUUUAUGUAAUGCUUCUGUUUUGGUUGUGGGUGGCCCUGUACAGGACACAGCUGGUUCCAGUCAGCUCUGCAAUGGUCGCACUGCCAGACACAUCUGAGCUCAUCCAUUAAUCUGGUGGAACCUCUGUGAAAGCAUGUUAAAGAAAAGACAAAAUGCUGCAUGGUAGAGAGGAGUGAGGAAGAAAGUGGGAGAAACAGUCCUCUGAACACCAAGGUCCGAGAAGAAGGAGAGGGAGGAAUUGCUUCAGGUGCUGGAGCAGGUAUUUCCCUGCAGCCCACAAAUGACCCCAUGCUGGAGCAGAUGGAGAUUUCCUGAAGAAACUGCAUUCAUGGAGAGGAGCCAUAAAGGAGCAGGUUCAUGCUGAAGGACUGCAGCCUGUGGAGCAGACCUGUGGAAUACAGGAAAAGUGUGAGGAGGAUGGAGAUACAAAGGAGCUGUUACAGACUGAUUGCAACCCCCUCUUGCCCGUGCUGCUUCAGUCUGGGGGAAGUAGAACAGUUGGGCAUUGAAGGUGUGAAGCUGAGUCUGGGGAAAGAGAGGAGCAUGAGGAGAAUGUGCUGGUUUAAUUUGUAUUUGUUUCUCACUAAUUUUAUCUAUUUUA